CUCUAAUUCUCUCUUUCUAUCUUCUCAAAUCCCUCCUGUUUUAGGAACCUCCCCUACCUCUUUCCUGCUCAACUCCGGUUCUCAUCUCCCAUCUUUAAUAUUCUCUCCCUUCGCUGAUGUAAAUCGUACUGUUAUUUUUUUAUGUUAUUUCCGCCAGCUCUCACUUUUAAGGACUGCCCCCUUUCCCCCUUCUCUCUCUCUUACUACCCUCUACUCUCUUUCCAGUUGUCCAAGCUUCCAUCUUUUUCACCCUCUUCCGGUACUCAUCUCCUUUUCCAUUUUCCACCUCCUCCAAUCAAGUUCUGCUCCGCCUUUCUCUCUCCUCGCUAUUUCUUUCUCUUUUUCUCUCAUCUUCCUCUAUCAACCCAAGAUUAGUAGUAGAGGCAGCAGUGCUGGUAACUCCCCGCGGGAAUUUCGAGGGGGAAAUAUUCCGGACGCAUGCAGCAGCAAGGAGGGUCCCAGUAUGGGGUUCCUCCGCCGGAAAUGGCGCCGCCAUUCUCCUCCGCCGCCAUGAUCGGAAUUCCCACGGGCGUCGAAUAUAUACAGCAGCCGCAGCAAGUGGCCGAGGCCGCGUCGCCCAUCAGUAGCCGCCCUGCGCCGCCGCAGCCUGCUCCGCCUCGCCAGCAAGUUUCAAUUUUUGAAGAUUUCGGCUCGGGGGGCGGAGCUAUGGUUAGAAGCUUUCCCGACGAGGAGGCGCUGGGCGCUGGGGAGGAUACUGAGAGAGGCGGUGGCGGCGGGAAUAGAUGGCCGAGGCAGGAGACUCUGGCUUUGCUUAAGAUCCGCUCGGAUAUGGACGCCGUUUUCAGAGACGCCACUCUCAAAGGCCCUUUAUGGGAAGACGUCUCCAGGAAGCUGGCCGAGUUGGGCUACGCAAGGAGUGCGAAGAAAUGCAAGGAGAAAUUUGAAAAUGUUCACAAAUACUAUAAACGAACCAAGGAAGGCCGAGCCGGCCGCCAGGACGGGAAAAGCUACCGUUUUUUUACUCAGCUUGAAGCUCUCCAUAGUAGCAGUGGCGGAGCCGCCGGAAUUACCUCAUUGCCUUCCCCUCCCAGCACCGCAAUAAUCCCGAGCGUAGUUACUUCCGCCACCGGUUCUGCCGCCCCACCGCAUAAGAACUCCUCUUCUUCUUUACCCGCGCUGCACGACAGCACAAUGACGCCGGCGCCACCUGUUACCAGAAUCCAACCAGCUGCUGCCGCAACACCUCCCGUCGCAGCACCAGCGCCGCCAUCUCGGUCGAUUCUUGAGCUAUCCACCCCCGCCGCUGUUUUCGGAAUUAGCUUCUCUUCCAACACUUCGUCAUCUUCGGCGUCGGAAUCGGACGGGGAAGAGACCGAAGAAGGAGGAGUCGGUGCACUCCAUGACGGCGGAAGGAAGAGGAAACGGGAGGCUUGGCCCGGAGGAACCCGAAAAAUGAUGGCUUUCUUUGAUGGGUUGAUGAAACAGGUGAUGGAACGGACGGAAGCGAUGCAGCAGAGGUUCUUAGAAACUAUUGAGAAGCGAGAGCAGGACAGAAUGAUUCGAGAAGAAGCCUGGAAGCGGCAGGAAAUGGCAAGGCUCAAUCGUGAGUACGAGCUAAUGGCCCAAGAACGUACGAUGUCUGCGAACAGAGACGCCGCUGUUAUCUCCUUUCUACAGAAGUUUACCGGAAUUCAAGCAAGUCACCCACUGGCACCUCCCAUAUCUGCCGCAACUCCACCAGAAGAAGCAACAGCGCCACCACCAACUUCUCCGCAGGAGAACCUGAAACCUCCAGCACCAGUUGUCGAAGUUCCGGCGAUGCAAAUUGAAACAAACAAUAACCAGCUUGUAAGAAACGAUAUUGUUAUAAACCAGCCGACCUCAUCUUCGGAACCGGCCGCCGCUUUGUCGGAGUUGGCGGAUGGAAUGUGUCUUGGAGGCUUUGAUACAAUCUCACCGUCUUCCUCAUCGUCGAGAUGGCCAAAACCAGAGGUUCUCGCAUUAAUCAGGCUGCGCAGUGGGCUUGAGUCAAGGUACCUCGAGACAGGACCAAAGGGACCGCUUUGGGAGGAGAUUUCGCUUGGGAUGAAGCGGCUUGGCUAUAGCCGGAAUGCCAAGAGAUGUAAGGAGAAAUGGGAGAACAUUAAUAAGUAUUUCAAGAAGGUGAAGGAGAGCAACAAGAAGCGUCCUGAGGACGCAAAAACAUGCCCUUACUUCCACGAGCUCGACGCUCUUUACCGUAAAAAACAACUCUUUGGGGGCGGCGGAGCAGCCGCCAAUCCCGGAACUGCUGCACAGCAAACACAGGAGGUCGCCAUUACUCCAAAAGUUGGGGAAUCUCUUCAAAAUCCGGCACCGAUAACUGGACUAACAGAGCAGGAGAACAAUAAAGGUCAAAAAAAUCCAACCUCCUUGAGAAGCAGCGACGGAGGAAAUCAAGAGAUUAGCGGCGUUCAAAUACCAAGAAGCAACGGUACUGGACUUUCUCAACUGUUCUUCGGAGGAACCCCAAACAGGGGUAGCUCCACAACAUUGAAAAAGCCAGAAGACAUCGUUAGAGAACUGAUAGGACAACAGACUCUGCAACAUCGAGUGGUGGCAAAUGACUAUGAAAAGCUCGGCGGCAGCGAGACCGUCGACAGCGACACCAUCAAUCAUGACUAUGACGACGACGACGAUGAAGACGAAGAAGACGAGGAAGAAGACGGUAAGCUAAGGUAUGAAAUACAGUUCCAACGGCAAGGUGUCGGGGCCGGUUCCGGCCCUGCUCGCUCUGGAAAUUCAACGGGAAAGGUUCCGCCGACGGCGGCGUCAUCCGCAGGUUCUUUCCUCGCUAUGGUUCAGUAAAAUACAUGAUCGAUCGAUUCUUCCAUUCCCCAUUUCAAAAUUCCAACUUUUUUUUUUCUAUCUUCCUUCAAAUCCACAUUUCAUAUUUCUUCUCCACCUCUCCACAUCAAAUUAAAGCCUUUUCAUCCAAAAUUUAGACUUUUGAAUCGCCAUAGAUGUCCUUUUUUAUUUCUAUUUGUUGUGGGAAUAAGGUUCCUUUUCAGGCCAACAACAUAAGGGUUUAAGAGAAUAAUCAAGCUCGUCUGAUUGAAGUGCAGCAGACAUAAUAAUUUAAGCAAAAGAGUAAAUGAAUUAAGCCCUUGUAAAUUAGAGGAUUAUGAAGCAAGAAGAAGGCAAAAAAAAAAAAAAAAAUUCCUUUUUCCCCCUCUUCUUUCUCUGCGCGAACUCUUUAAACAUAUUUAUAUAUAUAUAUAAACUUCGCAUCUGAGAUCCUUCCUUAUCGUCUCCAUUCUCCCUCACAUUCAGAGAAAUAAUAAUUUGGAGGAAGAGAAGAAAGCAGGUGGAACUCCUUUGAGUUUUCCGCCCAUUUCUCUCUGUAAAUCUCUUGCUCUUCUUAUUUACUUCACGGCGACUUUGGUAAUUGGCAUUACAGUAAUGUACAUUAGUUAUGCUUUGAAGCCGCAUUUAUAAUUUGUAAAAAAAAACCCAAUUUGUUGAAGCGAGUUUGUUGAGUGCUUGCAAUUUAUUAAAUUUAUAUAUAAAUAUGUGGGAGUUUUU